GAGGAGGAUGGACUGCAGGAAUGUGAGUGUGUGUUUGUGUGUGUGAAGGGGAAGAAAGCAGUCCUGAUGGGACAGAGCCGUUUUGGAGGCAAAAGGAAACUCUGACACACAAAUCCGCGCCGCGUUUCCAAAAAUAACACACACCCUGGCUGGAAAACCGAGCCGAAGCGCAUUUGUGCUCGCGUUUGCUCUCCGACAGCCCAAACUCACUUUCAGGAGGACUAAAAGUUUUUGAGCUGGGGAAAGAAGCGCUACAGAGAGUGUCUGGACGCGGACUCCCACAGAUGCGGGACUGAGGACUUACAGAGGGGGUUUCUUCUGCUUCUUAACUGUUUCUGAACGAACUUUAUCACCGAGGAGGGGCUGAUCUGGCAGCACAGUCUGAGCUCUCACGGGCUGUGGAGAUAUGCGAUGAUUAUGAAGAAGAUGAUGAUGAAGAUGCAGAGCCACGGUGGCCCCGCGCCUCUGAGCGGCUGCUGUGCCCGCUGGAGAGUGCGCUGCUCCGGGCUCUGCGCGCUGCUGAUCGCCGCCGUUCUGCGCUGCUGCUCCGCGGACUCGGAUCUGCGUUUUGUGGAGAGUCCGGGUAACGUGACCUCGUCUCUGGGGAAGCCGGUGUCUCUGCAGUGUGUCCUGCAGGUGUUCGGGCUGGAUGAGGAGCCGCUGGACCUGCUGUGGUUGCGGGACGGCCGGACACUGGAGUUCGCCGACACCAACCAGAUUCAGAUGCUGGAAGAGGACUACAGCUGGACCGUCAUCAGCAAACUCACCAUCGAGGAGGUGCAACUCUUGGACAUGGGUGCCUAUAAGUGUGCGCAUUACUCGGGUCAAGAUGUGACCUAUUCUGCUGAGGGAUAUAUCCAACUAGAAGGUCUUCCUCAUUUCUCCGUGGAGCCUCAGCAUCGGUCUGUGGUGGCGAAUGAGGCGCUGAGUCUGCGAUGUGAGGCUCACGGUCCCCCAGAGCCGGUACGGGUCAUCUGGCUGCAGGACGGGGCUCCGCUGAAUGAACUGGACGACCCCAUGGCCCUGUCGCCCUCCACACUCAACAUCUCAGGUCUGAAUAAAACCAGCUCGUUCUCCUGUGAGGCGCACAAUCGUAAAGGUGUGGCGUCGUCUGGCACAGGUGUGGUGACGGUUCUUCCUUCUCCACCCAGCGGCAUUACAGCUGACGAGACCUCCAACUCCAGCAUCCAUCUGUCCUGGCACUCCGGCUUUGGAGGAGUCUAUCCCAUCAGCAACUGCUCCGUUCAGGUGCAGGACUCCUCUGGAACACUGGUCCAGGAUCAGCAGGUCAGCGGUGUGGUCAGUGUGUGUGUGAUCUCAGACCUGCAGGCCUUCAGUCAGUAUGAGGUGCGGCUGCAGUGCAGGAGCAGUCAGGGGCCGUCCGGCUGGAGCCAGUGGAGGCCCGUCAGCACUGCUGAAGGAGUUCCAGAUUCUGCUCCAGAGAAUGUGACAGCUGUGCUGAACGGGACAGAAGUGAUCUUGAGGUGGUCUGAGGUGUCUGGAAGGAUCAACGGCCGGCUGCAGGGCUACAUGCUGGAGUACAGCACUCCCAAUGAGGAGCAGGUGGUGCUGGACGUGGGUUUGGACAUGGAGCAGAGUGUGAAUCUGUCAGAGCCGCUGUCCAACAUUUCCUUCAGAGUGUGUGCGUACACUGGAGCGGGGUCCGGGCCCUGGACGGCCCAACACACACUCACACUCGUCCCCACAAAAACAGGACAUUACAGAGGUUCCCCCACUCCUGCAGUGUUCUCCUGGCACUGGUGGUAUGUGGUGAUGGCGGUGGCUGUGGCGGUGGCUUUGGCGGUGCUGCUGGCUGUCUAUGGGACCAGGUUGCGGCGCAAGGAGACACGAUUCGGUGAGGCAUUUGAGCCCAUGAUGGAGAGUGGAGAGCUGGUGGUUCGAUAUCGAGCUCGACGCACAUACAGCCGCCGCACCACUGAAGCCACAUUGAACUCUCUGGGCAUCAGUGAUGAACUGAAGCAGAAGCUGCAGGACGUGAUGGUGGACAGACACAGACUGACCCUGGGAAAAACACUGGGAGAGGGUGAGUUUGGCUCUGUGAUGGAGGGUUCGCUCUCUCAGGAGGACUCAGUGCUGAAGGUGGCAGUGAAGACCAUGAAAAUCGCCAUCUGCACCCGCACAGAGAUGGAGGAUUUCCUCCGAGAAGCAGCCUGUAUGAAGGAGUUUGACCACCAGAACGUCAUGAGGCUCCUGGGUGUGUGUCUGCAGACGGUGGAGAGUGAAGGCUACCCGUCUCCAGUGGUCAUCCUGCCCUACAUGAAGCAUGGAGAUCUGCACAGUUACCUGCUCUACUCCAGACUGGGAGACUCUCCAGUGUAUCUGCCCGCUCAGAUGCUGGUGAAGUUCAUGACAGACAUCGCCCGAGGAAUGGAGUACCUGUGUGGGAAAAAUUUCAUCCACAGAGACCUGGCAGCACGAAACUGCAUGCUGAAUGAGAACAUGAAUGUGUGUGUGGCUGACUUCGGUCUCUCCAAGAAGAUCUACAAUGGAGAUUACUACAGACAGGGCCGCAUCUCCAAGAUGCCCGUCAAGUGGAUCGCCAUCGAGAGUCUGGCCGACCGAGUGUACACUACUAAGAGUGACGUGUGGUCUUUUGGAGUCACCAUGUGGGAAAUCGCCACGCGAGGCCAGACGCCGUACCCCGGGGUGGAGAACAGCGAGAUCUAUGAUUACCUACGGCAGGGGAACCGUCUCAAACAGCCUCCAGACUGCCUGGACAUCAUAUACUCCAUGAUGUUCUCCUGCUGGCUGCUGAGCCCUAAAGACCGGCCUAGCUUUGAGAUGCUGCGCUGUGAGCUGGAGAAGGUUCUGGAAGAUCUGCCGAGUCAGGACCCUGAGGAGAUCCUGUAUGUGAACAUGGAUGAGAGCAGCGGGGAGCUGGGGGCCACUGGGGGCCCGCCGUGUGUUCUGGGGGCCCUGAAGGGCACGGUGGCCACAGUGGAGGUGCACCCACCCAGCCGAUACGUGCUCUGCCCACAGCUGGAGAACCAGCGGCUGCUCAGCGCACACUCCACCGACAGUCUGGAGCUCCCCGGCCUCGGGGCUGACCCUGACCCUGAGCUUGAGCCCCAGCCCUCAUCCUGUUCCACACCCCUGCCAGAGACCCAGAGCCCUGAGCCGGAGCCCCACAGCAGGAGAGCGGCCUGGCACUGAGGGAGACCCUGACCCCUGCACACACACUGCUCUCCUUCUCCAUAUAUCAGUCCAGAAACAUGUUUCCAGGAGGAGUUUGAUCCAUCUCACAGUCAGCCUCAGGGCAUGGACACACCAGCUGUGCUGUCAGCCACAUCUCUGGACCAAAACGUUGCACAUGAACACACCAAACAGACAGCGGCGACUGAGAGUGUGUGUUCUGCGUCUGUGUGAGGGAUGUGUGUUUUCACACCAGCAGGGGGCAGUGUGUGUUUCUCAUCCACAAAGGGAAAUGCUUAAACAAAGCAGCGCUCAGCUCCAUUAUCACAGUACUCGUCAGUCACUGUGGAGGGAGUCACUCCUGCCAAUAUGUCUGAAAAUGUUUGAGAAUGCAGCACAACUACAGCCGGCUUCUUUGCUUUCCUUAUGGACUUGUUUACUUUGGUACGUCACUUUAGUAUUUGUUAAGCUCUGCUGUUAACCUGACGAGAGCACGAAUACACUAGCCGGAUCCUCGCUCAGCUCUCUCCAUUAAACUGUAGGGAAGACAUGAACAAUAGCCCAGUCUGUACAGCUUGUGGAGGAGAUGACUGCUCUGAACUCCCAGAGGGAUUGAGCUAAUGAAAGGGAAUGCAGACUCUAGAGACUGAGGCUGGACGUGGGCUUUUUGUUGAGCUGUGCGACUGAAGGCUGAUUUAUACUGGUGUGUUGAGUGCACGCUGUAGCCGAUGUUAGCUGGUGUUAGCACUUCUACUUCUGUGUUCUGCCUGUGUUGACUCAUCAGGAACACUAGGAGGCAGUGGGGUUUCUGUGCUCCUCUGGGUCUCUGUGCUGGUGUUUUAAGCUUGUCUUGGAAACGCGUGUGAUGCUACUGUAACCGCCUGUUCUCACCACCAGCGCUUCAAAGUAGCUUGAAGAUCUGGCAAAAGCACAUCAUGGACAGUGUGAGCGUUACAGAGAUUUAUGGUACUAGUCCACAGCUGAGAGACGUCCAGAGAACGCAGUGUGAUAAACGUUGGUUCGGACCACAUCAGGUCCAAGCAAACCAAUUCUCAGAGGUUGAUUAUUGCCAUGCGGGUUACUCUCGUAGUUCGUAAUGUAGGAUGCGCAUAAAUUAACAUUAAUGUGAAGACUAAAAUAAUGUCUUCCUAAACAGCGUGUUGAUAUUAGACUAGCACUAGCUUUUCAUUGGUUUAUUUGAACAUGUUUGAUCGCCAUCACUUAAAAUUCUGGAUGCAUCUGGCAGAAAACCCACACUGAUAAUGCUUUAUCAUAAUCAAUAUUUCAUUAAAUCAUAUGAGAUAAUGUUACGAGACUUUAAAUCUUUAAACUGACUUUCAAAACAUAAAAGAACCACAUUUUGUAGGCGGUCAAUUUUACUGACAGUGAAGGAGUCGAGAGGCGCCAUUUUACCAGCGUUGCUAUGACAACACAGUUGCGAUAUUGCUAACGGCAUGCACAAGUAUACUACAUAGAAAUAUCCUGUCAGUGCACAAGCUAGCUGACAGUGUGCUCUGCUGCUCUUAUGCUUUGUUCACAGCAGAAAUAAGCCACCCUUGCGCAGCACAAGUCAUUGAAUGCAUGGGUUUCAUAGCGCAGUGCUUUCCCUGUCCAGUGUGAGCGUGAAACCAGCGCUCUGAACACUGCUGAGCAACAUAGCCCCUAUAUGGAUCACAUUUUUGGCUGUUUCCCUUUUGAUUCCACUAGUAUUACAUGUCUUGAGAGGUGUGUAAUGGAUAUAAGCGUUAAGUGAGUAAUUGAAGGCUACAUCAGAUCUACCGCGUGCACUCAGUGUAUACCUUUCAUAAAAGUAUAGAUUGGCCUUAAAGAGCACUUAUUAUGCAGAACUGACUUUUAUAUGGUGUUUAACCCCAGUAGUGUGUGUGUGUGUGUGUGUGUGUGUGUGUGUGUGUGUGUGUGUCUCCAGCAGCCUCUAAUGAUGAUCAUGAAUGAAUUGUGUUUGUUCUAAUCAGACUUGACCCAAACAGUCUGCAGAAACACUUUGAUUGACAUUCUCCCUUUGUACGUGUCAUCAGAGGGGGAAAGCCCCGCCCACUAGUGCCCAUCUCUCCCUCAUUAGCAUAAACAGCAGCCCUGAGUGAGAAGCAGCCGCUUGUCCCGUCAGAUAUUUGGCAUGCUGAAUAUCUGGAGCUGUCUGUGAUUCAAAUCCUGCCGUGUGAAAUGAGUUCUGAUUGAAAGUAGCAUCAGCGAUCGCCUACAGCCUACAGUGGGAGGAUGGGGGAGGAGUUAAAGGGGCUUAUUUAUGGUCUAUUUGGACCCAAAAAAUGGAGCAGUCUAACCCUUCAGUGCCUUUACCAGGAUUCCACUGCAUUACAUAGAUCUGCUCAAGAGAUGUGCGCAGAGCACUGCCACUACACACACACACACACACACACAGUGUCCUGAGCAGUGCCUUGAUCCAAAGAAACACGCAGGACAAGUGUGCGCAAGGUCUGAUACGAUGAACCAAACCCUCAGAUAUCAACUCAUUCAGAGAGAGAGAGAGAGAGAGAAUGUGUGUGUGCGUGUGUGUGUGUGUGUGUAUGUGUGUGACCCUCAGUCUGUCCAGCAAUGCAGUUUCAGUAUGUAUAUACAAACACACACACAAAUGCACACGCACAUAUGCACACACGUAUGCACACACAUGCACCAACACACACACACACACACACACACACGCACACAGGCCUGCCCCUAACUCCAGCACAGUGUUCUCCUUCAUGUCUGUGUUUUGUACUUUAUUGGAUGUUUUGCACUAGUGUUCUGUCAGUUUUAUUGUUUGUGUUUCUCUGUUAGUGUGUGUUAGAUCUGACAUGGGCUGUUAGAUGAUGUACGAUUACAUUUACACUAAUAUUAUCAUGGUACGGUGAUAUUGAUGAAGACUCUUCAAGAUACAGAUGAGCUUUAGCUGACAGCAGGUGUAGUGGAGGUGUUUGAUAUGCUGAGGUGGUCUAAUCAGCAUCUGAUCUGUUAGUAGGUGAAGUAAAUGAUUGGACUGCAGACAUGUCUUUCACACUCAGCUUUUGUCUUGAUUCUUGUCAAAUUCUCUAAUCAUCUUUAACUCAAGCUCCACUGUCCUGUCAAGUAAACGUGUCUUUAUAAAUAAUGAGUUGAAAUGAAGAGUUUUUACUCAAAACAAGCACAAUAAUCUGGUGUUGAACAGAUAACUCGGCUCUUUCAAUGUAAAACUCGAGUAUUCUUAUAUUUAACUCAGUAUUACUGAACACAACACAAGCUGUUUGACUUGUCUGGAAAUGCUUCUUGACUUAAGAAUGUUCAGACAUUUGGACUAGAGACAAGGCAAAGCUUUUUCUUCCUCGUGUUGCAGUGAAUGACAGGGUGAUAUCGGGUUCAGCCUGCUCAUUCAGACUGCUCAUGUAACGUGGUACUGACUGAGGUACUUUAACACACUUUACACCUCACUGAGCCACAGUGAACUCAGUGCUGAAGAUACUGUGUAGAUGAUCUCUACUGAGUGUGGAAAACUGAGGACCAUCAUCAUCAUUACAGCAACUCUUCUAAUCUGGUUGUGGCAUGUUCAAAGUCAAAAGUGUAAAGAGUGCCUUUCCAAGCCAGUGUUUUGCCUUAAACGGCUGUUUAUGGUGCACAAAUCGGUAGCUUUAGGUCUGGAUGUCUAAUAUUGUCUGAAUAAUGUCUGUCAUUUUUCUGAUUUUGAUACCCUUUAUAAUAAAAUAAAUACUACCUGCA